AUGUCACCUCUUUCAAAUAUUGCUAGCUGGGUAAAUUCUCCAGGGUUGAAUUGGAGCCAGAUAAUUAUUAGCUUGUCAACAGCCAAGUUCAUAUUCAUGAGCUAUAUGAAUAUUCGUCAACUCGGUGUUUUACAGAGAGGCAAGCCCCCUAAAACUUUAGAAGCCGAAGCCAUGCAAGCUGCCUACGAUAAAUCUAGAGCAUACUCUCUCGAUAAAAUCAAAUGUUCCAUUGCUUUCGAUAUAUGGCUAUACUGUGAUAGUUUGAUUUAUAUCAAAUUCAAUGUCUACUUGGCAUUGUGGCAGGCUUCUGCAUAUGCCAGCUCCGUUCUCCCCGGUUCUGCAAAAGGCGAAAUUACGCAAUCAGUUCUCCUUGCAGCUAUCGAGUUAUUGGCCCAUAACUUGAUAAUUUUACCUUUCAUGUACUAUAGGGAUUUUUAUUUGGAAGAAAAGCACGAUUUCAACAAUUCCACAUCCUCUCAGUGGCUUAUUGACAAGUCUAAGGAAAGCCUUAUCCUGUUAGUGAUACAUUCGGCGUUAAUCGCUGGAACUUUGAAAGUGGUUGAAUUAGCUGAAGACCUGUUCAUCUGGUACACAUGGCUCUUUAUUUCGAUAUUCAUUAUUGUCGUGGGAACAUUGUACCCUUAUUUGAUUUUGCCCUUAUUUUACAAGUCAAAACCUCUUGGUCUGGGCAAGUUAAAAGAUUCCAUUGAUAGUUUGGCACACAAGAAUGGGUUCCCACUAGCCAAUGUCAAUGUCGUUAACGGUUCUAAAACUUCCUCGCAUACAAGUGCAUUCUUCACCGGCUUUCCAUGGUCAAAGCAUAUCUUUCUCUACGACACUAUGGUUGACAAAUUUGAGGUGGAAGAAACAACCGCAGUUUUGGCCCAUGAAAUUGGUCACUGGGCAUUGAAUCAUAUGUUGAUACAGUCAGUGUAUCUCCAAUUGCGAGUUUUGCUUAUACUGUCAGCCUUUUCACUUUUCUACAGAAAUCCUUAUUUGUACUCCUCUUUUGGAUUUAAUCACACACCAGUUUAUGUGAAAUUCGGGAUCUUCUGCUACAUCCUCACCCCCAUGAAUUGUGCUUUACAGUUCAUGUCCAAUGUUUUGUCGCGCAAGCAUGAAUACGAAGCUGACGCUUAUGCAGUGAAUCAGAGUUACAGGGAGCACACUGCUACUGCCUUGGUUAAAAAUUAUAAGAAUAACGGAGGGGUGUUGGAUGCCCAUUGGUUGUACUCAGCAUACCAUCAUUCGCACCCCUUGUUACACGAAAGAUUGCAAGCAAUCAAACAAGUAUCUCAUAAAAUUAAAUGAGAGGAAUUUAAAUCACUCCCGAAGUACAGCCGUUGUUAUCAUAAUUCUGGAAUCAAUAUUAUCUGGUUUAAGCGUUGGGGUCGACUGAGCAGUUCUGUC